CAAAGUUUAGACUUCUUUAUCAAUGACACGAGCUUCUGUGGGGCAUGUAGGAUUUUAAAAAUAGAUCCAACAAGAAUAACAUAUUGUGGGCUGUGUUUUAUCUGUGGACUGGGAUAGCUUAGCCAAGUAGAUUUGAGUCUAGCGCGUAGGCACCGCGGGCGAGGCAUUGGAAUUCGAAAGCCGAGCGCCGACCACCCAUAGGCAUGGGAACAUGGCCCCGUCCCCUUCCCCACGCUGUUUGCUCUCCGGGCGCCUCGUUCGUCCUUUAGAUACUUAAUACAUGUACUUACAUGCUAAAUUUAUUAAUUUUAUUUUGUUGCUGUAUUUCUGCAUUGUAGGGAUUUCAUUUAAAUCAUGAAGAAAUGCCUUGAUGUGCCCAUUAUUAUGCAAAUAUGGGUAACACCGAUUUUUAUAAUAAAAUGUGAUUGUAAAGAACAACUGUAUUUGACCAGAAAACAUAUUGCAACUAAUAAGGUUAUAGUCCUACCGGAUAACCAGCCUAAAUAACAUAAUUAAUAAGUACGAAAUCAUGUACAUAUUUAAUACUCUGGCCGCAUUCCAAGCAACAACUUUGGUCUAUUUUUUAUUUGGUAUAUUAGACCCGCCCGGCAGUAAACUACUGCCACAUUCCAUAAGCCCUUUCUUACGUUGUGUGGUCGCAGUUUCCGCCGGAGACGGCAACGUCGCGUUUAAAAUAUGAAUGAAACCCGGUCCGCUGUGAACGGCCUGGCAACGUCGCUCGAGACUGUUGCCUGAUUGAGAAUUACAUCUUUCCCGCGUUGUCCCUCUGUGCUUCUCGCUCAUUUAUCGCAUAACACACAUAUAUGUAACAGCUUAGAUAGCUGAAUCUUAUUCAUAUGACGCAAAUAGUAGAUACUGACAUAGUUAAGGAUUUCUUGAGUGUUAAUUAUAAUCCGGGUCUUUAUUUUGUAUUAUUAUUACAAUAUUAUAACAAUAAGGUUAAGUCGCACAGCUGUACGCACCCCAUAACUGCGAGUCUGAACCCUCCAAAUUACGCAGACAUGCGCACUGGGGUUACAGUACUAUAUCGUCACAAGCUAGUACAAGAGUGGCCAACGAUGGUUGAUGUUAGUUUAACGCAAUUAUCUAUUUCGGAAAUAAAUAUCUUAUCACAUUUUGGUUACAGUGAGAGAUGUGUGUGCAGAGUGUUACGUGAAAUAUUUCCAAUUCAUAUUCUAUAAAAUGCCACUUUUAGUUAAUCAAAACACAAGUAAUGUGGCAUCAGCUGGCGCCGUACCGAAUAUUCUAGUGUCGUCGUCGCUUUUCAAGACCACUCCUCGGGAUCCUAAAAUUCGUCGAAAAACAAGCCCUUUGAAGUUACCACCUUGUGACACACAUAUAGGCUCGCCUCCACCAUCAUCCUCUCCGACCUCCUCGUCAACUGAUAAAACCGAUAAUCAUGAUACUUUUGGUUUCCUUCCUGACAUGCGUGAUAUGCGCCGCGAAGAAGAACGACUGAAAACUUUCGAUAAGUGGCCUAGCACGUACGUGACACCUGAAGAGUUAGCUCGUAAUGGUUUCUACUACCUUGGGCGCGGUGAUGAAGUUCGCUGUGCAUUCUGUAAAGUAGAAAUUAUGCGAUGGGCGGAAGGAGACGACCCUGCGAAAGAUCACAAACGAUGGGCACCCCAAUGUCCGUUUUUACGUAAUCUUUCGAACGGUACUAAUGGCAGCGGAGAAGGUAGUUCGGAAGGUCGCGACGAGUGUGGUGCGCGAGCAGCGACGCGGGAGCCUGUGCGUAUGCCCGGACCUGUGCAUCCUCGCUACGCAACAGAGUUAUCGCGUCUCGCCAGUUUCAAGGAUUGGCCGCGUUGCAUGCGCCAAAAACCAGAGGAACUCGCGGAAGCAGGUUUUUUUUACACCGGCCAAGGGGAUAAAACGAAAUGUUUCUAUUGCGAUGGAGGUCUCAAAGAUUGGGAAAACGACGAUGUUCCAUGGGAACAGCAUGCCCGUUGGUUCGAUCGUUGUGCGUAUGUGCAACUUGUUAAAGGCCGUGAUUAUGUCCAGAGGGUAUUAUCGGAAGCGUGUGUUAUACGUGCCACCGACGAAAAGCCUGCGCCUGCACCUCUACCGUCCCAACCAAAUGUCUCAGUUGCAUCAGAAGAAAAACCUGUCGAAGAGGCUAAGAUAUGCAAAAUAUGUUAUUCCGAAGAACGAAACAUAUGCUUUGUGCCGUGCGGUCAUGUGGUCGCUUGUGCAAAGUGUGCCUUAUCUACUGAUAAAUGCCCAAUGUGCCGGAGGGCUUUCACAACUGCACUGCGACUCUAUUUUUCGUGAAAGGAACCCUUAUAUGGAUUAGUAUACUAGUCAAUUCGCCUGGCGGCCCCGAGGUGUGCUGAAACCACGCUUCCUAGUAAACCGUUUAUCCUGUGAUUUUUAUUUUAAAUUACUACAUCGAUAGCGGUGGGUCGAUUCAAAAUUUCGUGUGACCCGCGAGUUUGACGAAAUGCAGUUUGUAUGUAGACCGAAGCUGUACUAAAAUUAUUUAUCGUUUAAAAAUUGAAGACAUACUAGUAAUUUAAAAUUCUGUAAUUAAAAAAAAUAGUACUUUUAUUUAAUUUUACCUUGUCCAUAAAUCAUCAUUAAUUUAAGAGACUGUUUAUUAUUUAAUGUAAAAUAUGUGUUACUAAAAGUUUUCUCCCACCAACGAAGACGGAAAGUGGACAUAUUAUUGUAAAUACUUCUGGUGGUAGUCCACAGUAGAAUAGAAAUGUGAACAAGUUUUAAAUCCACUGUUUUAUAUUUCCGAAGUUCAGUUCAAAAUGUCAAAUACACAUAAAAUGCUUUGCUGUGAUAGUAUAUAUUUGGGCAUAAACAUUUUAAUGAUUACAUUGUCUUUAACUAAUGAUAUGUAUUGAAACUGAAAGGUAUUUUGUCUUUGUUUGCUCUUAGGCACACAAGCUGCCACUUGAUUAUGACAAUAAAUUGAUUCAUGCAUCUCAAUUCAUGAAUCAAUGUAAACUUGGUGUAAUUGUUGUAAUGCCCAAAUGUAAACUUUCAGUUAUUUUAACUUUCAUUGUGAAGCUACCAUUUCUAAUAUUUUUUGCCGUAAUGGAAUGGUAGUCAGAUUAUUUGCUACAGGACAGUCAGUUGACAUAAUAUAUUCAAUGUAGUUAGCUAUAAAAAGUUAACUUGAGUAAAUAUCUUGUCAAAACAUACCUAUUAGCAAAAACACUGAAUAAUUGUAUAAUUUUAGCCUUAUAAUAUAGCUGUACAAAAAUGUAAAUAAUACAUAAGAGAAUUUAUUUAAUUCAGAAUUAAUUUCCCCAAGAUAUUGAUUAUUUCAGUCUGUUGAAUGUUACAAUUAAAAAAUGUUAAAUUAUAAAAA